UAAUGCAUUUGUGGUGAGCCUGGCUUUGGCUGAUCUGGUGGUGGCCUUGUAUCCAUACCCACUGGUGCUCUUAGCUAUUUUCCACAAUGGAUGGACUUUGGGAGAAAUGCAUUGUAAAGUGAGUGGCUUUGUGAUGGGACUCAGUGUCAUAGGCUCUAUUUUCAACAUCACUGCAAUUGCAAUAAACCGCUAUUGCUACAUCUGUCACAGUUUUGCCUAUGACAAGGUGUACAGCUGUUGGAACACGAUGCUGUAUGUCUCCUUAAUCUGGGUGUUAACAGUCAUUGCAACCGUGCCAAAUUUUUUUGUUGGGUCUUUGAAGUAUGAUCCCCGCAUCUAUUCAUGCACAUUUGUUCAGACUGUGAGCUCCUACUACACGAUAGCUGUGGUGGUAAUUCACUUCAUCGUCCCUAUCACCAUUGUAAGCUUCUGCUACCUUCGGAUCUGGGUCUUAGUGCUUCAAGUCAGGAGACGAGUCAAGUCAGAAACAAAUCCAAGACUGAAGCCAAGUGACUUCAGAAACUUUCUUACCAUGUUUGUGGUUUUUGUGAUUUUUGCCUUUUGCUGGGCACCUCUAAACUUCAUUGGACUGGCUGUAGCCAUUGAUCCUAUAGAAAUGGCACCAAAAGUUCCUGAAUGGUUGUUUAUUAUAAGCUACUUCAUGGCCUAUUUCAACAGCUGCCUUAAUGCAAUAAUAUAUGGACUUCUUAACCAGAAUUUUCGGAAUGAAUAUAAACGAAUCUUAAUGUCCCUGUGGAUGCCUAGGCAUUUCUUCCAGGAAACAUCCAAAGGAGGAACUGACGGUCAGAAGAGCAAGCCUUCUCCUGCUUUAAACAACAAUGACCAAAUGAAAACUAAUACCUUGUAAAGGUGUAAUAAUCAGAACAAAGGUUUGUCCUGGAGAAGCCCAAGAGUAUAGUU